AUGCCGGCAGCCACGGCGCCGGGGCUGGACGGGCAGCGGACCGCCGCGCCCGGGCGGGACAGCGGCCGCCCCCGCGGAUACACAGGGCAGUGCAGCCGCGUCUUCCCUCCCCAGCUCGGCACGCUACAGAUCAUUCACGGCAACGGCACGGCCGUGGGGACGGUGAUAACGUUCCAGUGCUCUGCCGAGCACCAGCUGGAGGGACCGGGCGUCAUCACCUGCGUUUGGAAAGCGAACAGUACCCAGUGGACAGCCGGCGUGCCCUCCUGCAAGCCCAUUUCAAAAUAUGAGACUUUUGGAUUUAAGGUCGCAGUGAUUGCCUCCAUCGUGAGCUGCGCCGUCAUUCUGCUGAUGUCCAUGGCUUUUUUAACCUGUUGUCUUAUCAAGUGUGUGAAGAAAAGUGAAAGGAGGAGGACUCAAAGAGAUAUGCAGCUGUGGUACCAGCUCAGAACUGAAGAACUAGAGCACAUGCAAGCUGCUUACUUUGGUUUUAAGGGGAGAAACAAUAACAACAACAACAAGAAACUCAGGAAUAAAUCCGUAUUUGAUGAUGUGACUAACAUGGCAUAUGAUAACCAAGGCUUCUACAGGUUCCAGGAGGAGUGGACUCGGGACGUCAUAGCUCCUGGGUGUUGCAAAGACACCGGUCAUCUGCCUAAGUUAACCAAAAGCAGUAGUGCACCCGUGAAACAAGCUGUACCAGGACACAACACGGCGGUACAGACAGUGAAUUCAAUACAUGUGGUUGAAGUCUAUGGACAUAAGGAUAGUUAUAACAAACCGAGCUGUCAGAUACCUGGAUAGCUGGUGUCUGAAAUACAAUUGCUCCUCUGGACCAAAAUGAAAUUUGGAUAGAAAUAUGUGCCUUAAAGACAACAUAGAAAGUUAAUUAUUCAUAUGAAUUUGAAAGUUUUCUAUAUUCCAAGAUGGUUAUUUAACAGAAAUGCUUCAAGGUCUGAUACAAAUAAAAAAAUGAUCGUUGAGGCUGGCAGUCCGUAGGCAUUCUCUACGGUGUGCUAUGUAUUGUGACCGUGGCAAAAGCAUAAUAUCAUUCUUCUGUGCAUCUAGAGAGAAACGGUAGCCCGUUUGUAUAUUUGCCUCAUACAAAGUCACUGAUGAUAAUUACACAUUCGUAAGAUUGCAACCUUCUUUUAACCAGUGUUUUUUGUAAGCAUUUCAGAAUGAAAAAUCCCCCAUAUUUUUACACAGUAGUGUGA